GCCAGCUGCCAAUCAAAGUGACGUCAGUCUGGUUCGAGUCGCGCUGAUCGAGGCACAGCGCCGGUGCGCGCUCCGAGACCCCCGUUAACUGGGCGCACACGCAAGUGUCACCAUGAGCAGCCUUAUAUGGGGUGGAUCUUAAAUCAUAACUGCAAGAUGAAGACGUGAACAUACGGCACAUCCUUCUGAGCGCAGCAUCAUAGACUUCCCUCGCGAUCCUGAACGCUCGGCGCUGCACGAUACUACACUACGGCGCGGCCAGACUGCCUGCCAGGCGGCUAGGCGGAGGCUGGAAGGGGGAACACAUCUAUUUUCUGCUGAUAAUAAUAAGCAACAAAAUGAAGCGGAGAAAGAUGGUGGUGGCGGCGGGCUUCUGCCUCUCGUUCCUCAUGGGCACGCUGAUGAAUUUAUUGUUUAUACCGGGAUUUGAGCCCCACGGCGAGCGCGUCCAUCGCCACCGCCACCACGAGAACCGGCAGCAGCAGCCCGACGCGGACGCUCCUGCCCGGCUUCACGUCGACGAGCUGCCUCCCGCCGAAACGGCGACCGUCGGGCGACUCCCGGAGCUCCAGCGGCAAAUACGCGAGCGAUUGGACGAGGUUCUGCGGUACCGUCAGAAACGGGCGCACUGGGUCGGCACCGGACCGCUGGAGCGCAGGCGACUCAUGGACUUGGAGCAACGCAGCGAGUGGGAAACAUACAAAGGAAUCGGGAAAAACAACAAUGACCACGAUCAGUCUCAACCGACUCCCGCUGUAUCCAUAGCAACAAAAUCACACCGGGAGUUUACGCGCGAGUCGGUGCUCGGCUGCAGCAGUAUUGAUAACGUUACCAAUGUCCAGUAUCUGGGCUCAGGAUACACAAAGGCGGUUUAUAAGGCGACUCUGAACAGCAGCUUCUCCGUCGCUUUAAAAUCGGUGGAUUUUGGGGGUCACGAUAUGGAGAAUUGUGUGAAGAAAUAUGGGUCGUCUACAGACUGCUACAAACUCGCAUCCUUCAAAAUUGUCAAGGAAAUGACGCUGAUGGAGAGACUGCAGCACCCUAAUAUUCUCAAGCUGUACGGCUACUGCUACCAGGAUAACAACGAUAUAAAGGACACGGUGACGGCCAUCACGGAGCUGGGCAGCCCUCUGGAGAUGAUCCAGCUGCUGCAGACGCCCUGGGAGGAGAGAUUCAGGAUCUGUCUGAGUCUGAUGAGGCUGCUGCAUUAUUUGGCUCAUUCCCCGCUUGGGUCUGUCACCCUGCUGGACUUCAGGCCGCGGCAGUUCGUACUGGUCGGGGGAGUGUUGAAAGUGACCGACCUGGACGACGCCAGUGUUGAGGAGACACCUUGCUCCCCGUCUUCUCCUUCAGACUGUCUCAUGGAGUUCCCCGCCCGCAACUUCACCCUACCCUGCCACAAGGACCGUUGCGAGGGUAUCAACGAAAAGAGAAACCUCUACAAUGCUUACAGAUUUUUCUUCACCUACUUGUUACCUCACAGUGCUCCCUCAGCACUGAGACCCCUCCUGGACAAAAUCGUCAACUCUACAGGGGAGCUGAUAUGGGGCACAGACGAAACUCUGGUUCACCUCGAAAAAGUGCUGGAUAUCUACAGGAAUGGACAUUACCUCAAGAAUAACACACAGACACACAAAACAGAGUAUAAACGUGUGUCAGAUGCCUCGAUAGCAGCGGAAAACUACCGCUGCUGGCCGUCCUAUCAGCAUGACGGAUGCCUGCUGUCAGUCUUCAGCGUCGAUGAAGCUAUUGACGUGUGUGAGAGCCAUGCCCAAUGCCGGGCCUUCAUUAUGACCAAUCAGAGCACAUGGACAGCUGCUUCCAGUCGCCCCAAGAUGGCGCAGACUCAGCAGCCUGCGAAGCCCACACCUCCAGCGCCACCAGCUUCUAAGCCUGAGCCCCGUCAUCUCUCACGCUCAGCCAGAUGCUACCCAUUCCCUAAACGCCAGGGACCCUGGCCCAAGAUAGCGCUGGACCCAGUGCCUCAGGCGUCAUCCUGA